AUGUCGACUUUCCUCAUGCCGACCGACGCCAUCCCGACAGACCCUGAAGCGGCAGCAGCAGCGGCGGCAGCGGCAGCAGAGCAGCUCGCGCUGUUCCAGUGGGCCGUGAGGGAGAUCACGACGCCGAUCGUCCUCGCGAGCUUCAUGGCCUGCCUCCUGUACGGCGUUCUCCUCUACAUGGCCGUCGUCUACUUCAUGCGGUUCGGCUCGUCCGACCGCCUCGCCUUCAAGCUCCUCGUCGGGUUCCUCACCCUGUCGUCUCUCGGCGACACGAUCAACGACUGCUCGUGGGCAUGGCUGUACACCGUCAAGGCCUUCACGGAUCCCGCCGUCCUCAGCAUCUUUCCGGCGCAGCUCGUAGUUUACGCGUGCAUGACGGGCAUGAACGUCCUCCUCGCCCAAGGUUUCUUCACGUGGCGCGUCCUCGUCGUCAGCAACCGCAAGAACUGGGUCCUGCCCGGCGUCAUGAUGAUCCUCCAGAUCACCGCGUGCUGCUUCGCGUUCUACCUCGCCAGCUGGGUCCGGUCGCACACGUACAUGACCGAGUUUGGCGAGGCAAAGUGGCUCAUCUAUACCUGGUUGACGACCGGCUUCAUCUGCGACGUCCUCAUCACUGCCGGAAUGACCUGGUACCUCGUCAUUCGUCCUCAACGGCUCGCCGGCGCCGCCACCAAGGCCAAGCUCUCUCGCGAGAACCCUCUCGGACGGAUCGUCAUCAAGACGAUGCAGACCAACAGCAUCUCUCUGAUCGUCCACGCCGUCACGCUCGUCGUCAUGGUUUGUCGUGGCCAGGCUCUCUGGUACUCGAUUUCCGGGUUCCAAAUGAGCAAACUCUACAGCAUCUCGCUCAUCGCGUCGCUGAACGCUCGCCACCAGGCUGGCCCGGGCGAGUCGGCCGCCUUUACCUCUCGCGAAGGUACGACGCACGCCAACGCGUCGACCAAGAACGUGCGCGCGACGUUCAGCCGGCACGGCGUCGGCGCCAACUCGGUCCCGGUCCACGUCCACGUCUCGGAGGAGGUCAAGAUCGACGACGGCGACGAGAGCGCGAGCGACUUUGUGCUCAGCAGCCCCUACUCGGUGCGGUUUGAGCGGGUGCAGGGGCUUGAGAAGGGCGACGAGCUCGAGAUGGGCCGGAAGGGGGAGUACUGA